ACUCAUCGCCUCUGAGUAAUACACCAUACCUCGUGGAGCUUCGCUCAGUUUGCGCUUCGUGAUGCAGAGGCAUGAAUUCCCCCGAGAAGGUGUCAUCCAUGACAUCUGGGUUCCAGCGCCCCCACACCUUUCAGCUACUGAUGUGAUGCCCCUGGCACUUCGGGCUUUUAGUCUUUAUCCGGCCAAUGAACACAAGCUUGCUCAUGCGCGAACAUCUUUCUCCCUCCGAGCGUUUAUUUUCAUCAUCCUUGUUCAUUUCCAGACUUUCCAAUAAGCGCUCUCGCUCCCUUAGCCUCCCUUAGGGCUUCUUGUGUGCCCUUGGCCAGCGUGGUCUCAGCCCUGUCCAACACUCGGAGAAUAUCCGCACCCUAGACCUAGGUUUGGCCCCUGGAAAUCGACAGCGGCACUAGUGUGGACGGGUG